UCAUUGUUGUUCAUUUUCGCCGUAGUUGUUGCUGCUGCUGCCUCCGUUUCGUCCUUCUUUUUCUCCUCCUUUCGCGACCACAAAAGUCAGCCGACGAACGUCGUCGAACCCGCUAAAACAUUUCAAGCAAAUCGCUGAAUGGGAUGCUAAGCUAACAUGCGAGAUUAACGUUCGUUUUCUUUUUUUGGGCACAUUUCUAGCACACAGACGCACAACACACCAUGGAGCAUUCCACUACUACCGCGUCGGAGAACCCGCAUGCGGAGUUCGGCCUGACGGACAGCAUCCAGCGGACGCUGGAGCAGGAGAAGACGUCCGCCAAGCAGAAAGUUGACCUGCAGGCGCUGCCCACGCGCGCCUACCUCGACCAGACCGUCGUGCCCAUCCUGCUGCAAGGCCUUGCCGUGCUCGCCAAGGAGAGACCUCUGAACCCCAUCGAGUACCUGGCGGCAUUUCUCCUCAAGAACAAGUCACAGUUCGACGAACGAAAUUGAAGCGUUUUCACUUUUUUUGUCAAUAAAAUGUCUCACACACA